CCUUUAUCUUCUGUAAUUAUAUAGCAAGUUGCGCGAUUUUUAUUUUGUUUACGCUUUUGACGAACCUAACGGGAAGAGGCAAAACAAGGAAAAAAGGUAUGGCAGCCUCAUCAGUUCCGAGAGAACUGCCAACGAAUUACAAACUCACGGAGAUCUAUCACACAAAAUGGUACUGCCCAGAUAAUUAUGAUUGUUUAACUUACAUCGGCAAUGGAGCUUAUAGCCAAGUCUGCUCGGCAACGUGUGAAGGAAUCGAAGGCAAAGUGGCCAUCAAAAAACUUACUCGUGCUUUCUUCGCAGUGGAUGAAUCGAAAAGAACUUACCGGGAACUUCGAUUAUUAAAACACAUGAAGCAUAAAAAUGUGGUCGACCUCGUAGAUGUUUUUACACCAGACUUAACGAAAAUAGACUUUACCGAUUUGUAUUUCGUAUCGACGUAUUAUCCCAAAGAUUUGAAACACGUAAUAUUAAACGAGGGCCUUGAUACGGCUCGAGUUCGAUCGAUGGUGUACCAAAUAUUGUGUGGUGUCCAGUAUAUUCAUUCGGCCGGAGUUAUACACAGGGAUUUGAAACCAAGAAACAUCGGAGUUACAGAAAACGACUGUAUAAAAAUUUUGGAUUUCGGCCUGGCUCGAUCUAUAAGCAACGAGAUGACGGGUUAUGUACAAACACGCUGGUAUCGCGCCCCAGAGGUGAUCCUUAACUGGAUGAAGUACAACCAGACAGCCGAUGUAUGGUCCGUAGCCUGCAUCAUGGGCGAAAUGCUAACGGGAAAGCCUUUAAUUGCGGGUAAGUCUUUUACGGAUCAAAUUCUCAAGAUCUUCAAUCUUGUCGGAUCACCAGACAGUAAUACUCUAAAAAAAUUCACGUGCAGUGAUAUUGUUGAAUGUCUGAAAAGUUUCGAUAAGUGCGAAAGGCAGGACUUUAACAAGUAUUUCAAAAACGUUGACCCACAAGCCAUAGAUCUGUUGGACAAAAUGUUACAACUCGAUGUAGAUGUUCGCCUGAACGUGGAAAACGCUUUGAAACACGAAUUUCUCAAAGUAAAUUUCGAUCCAAAAGAUCAAAUUCGAGCAGAAAUGUUCGAAAACGUCUUCGAAGACAUGGAUUUAAAUCUAAGCGAAUGGAAAAGUUUGGUUUUACAAGAAGUUCAAAAUUUUAAGAGUUCGCGCAAAUGCGAUAGCAGAAAGUGAAACCAAAACAACACUGAAAAUCUUUCUUUUUUUAAUAAUGUAUUUAUUUUAGUGGCUAUUAAUUUCAAAUUUCAACUGAGUUUCAUGGAAAAGAAACGAAAAGGAAAAAAAGUAUUAACAGAAUUUUAUUGGCAUUUUAUUACAGAAAUAUUAUAUAAGGAUGUGAAUCGUUGCAUAAGGUGGCGGUCUGCAAGUGGGAGGGAUGUUUUCUAUUGUGUUUAUUAUAAGAGCAGUUGAAGCGGCUGUCAUUUCCUUGAUGGGAGAUAACUCUUCAAUGAUCUCUGAUAUUGACAUCAUCUAAAUGUUGUAUGCUGACGUGUGUACGCGUAUAUCUGUUGUCUGUGGUGUUGUACAUUUGAAUAUUUUAUAUAUAUAAUCAUAUUAUA